AUGGGCCAGACUGGAUCGGGUCUGAUGUGUUGCUUGCGUACUGGGCAGGCGGGCAGACUUGAGUCUGCUGCGCUAGGGCGCACUGGUCGCGCAUUCAGUGCUGCUAUCGCCGAGACAUAUCACGCGAUGGGCAUUGUUAGCGAGAACAACUACAACUCAUGCAGGGGUGCUGCAUUGCCGAGACAUCACAUAGGACACGCAGGGACGCAGAGCGGGUCGCGCGAGAAUGACAUGGGCGUUGCGCGGUCUGGCCGAGCGUUGCACUGCAAGGGUCUACCUGCGCGGGCUAUGCGCGGCCGUGCUUGGGCGGUGCUUGGGCGGCACGUGGCAGCACGCGUAGCUCUGAAAUCGGUUCUUAAGAAGAUUGGCAUUGAUUACCCUGAUCUAGAAACUUUGAGAUACACGACUAGAACACCACUGCUCUUUCAGAAUUUCCGAUCAUCUGUUAAACCCACCGGACAGAAUUCUGGGUUCCCGUUAUUAGGGCCGUUAGCCUCCUUCUCGUCUUCCUCUCAACCGAAGAAGCUGGUACUUUUACUCAAAGCCCGGAUGCUGUUUGUGCGAUGGCCUCAAAGAUAA